AUGGAGUUAAGCUUCUGGGUGGAGCUGUAUAUGGGCGGUCGAUGUUCGCGGAGAGUGUGCAUAGUGCAGUACAAGAGCACCAAGAAGCAUUAUGCACUGAAAUACAUCAGCAAACGUCGUUGUGUACAACGCAUGGCUGUCAAUCAUGUUCUCCACGAACUUGAUUUACUCGCGCAUUUAUCGCAUCCCUUCAUCGUUAAUCUCUGGUUCUCUUUUCAGGAUACGCAUUAUAUGUAUAUGGUGAGUGAUCUGUUAUUAGGUGGCGAUUUGCGAUAUCAUUUGAACCAACAGGGUAGAUUCUCUGAGGAUCGUGCCAAGUUGUACAUAUGUGAGAUAGCACUAGCAAUAGAUUAUUUGCAUCAUGAAUCAAUCGUACAUCGUGAUGUCAAACCCGACAAUAUCCUUCUCGAUAACUCUGGUCAUGCUCACCUGACUGACUUCAAUCUGGCUAUAAGACUGCCUCCUGACACACUCGCUACCUCUUUCACGGGAACUCGUCCGUAUAUGGCACCCGAAGUGCUGCUGGCUUCGUUAGAUGAAAUCGCGGGUUACGACCACCGAGUCGAUUGGUUCUCGUUAGGUGUUUGUUUUUAUGAAAUGCUCUCUGGGCGAAGGCCAUUCGAAUAUGCUGCCCAUUUGUCUUCUCAACAGGUGCUGUGUUUGAUGAGUGAGGGUUGUAUAGCAUUGCCAUCCCACUGGUCCUCAGACCUGAUGUCGUUCAUCUCGAGCAUUCUCAACUUCAAUAUCACUUAUCGCAUUACCUCGCUGAGGGCAUUCUCAAAACACUGCUAUAUGGAACGUAUUAACAUGAACUUUGUGCUGGCCAAGAAAUCAGCGCCGGUGUUUAUCCCAAGAAGUGAUGUAUUGAAUUGUGAUCCGACGAAUGAGCUGGACGAUAAGAUGGUAGUGGGCUCAUCGCUGUUGAGACGUCAACGCAGACAUACCCUCACUUCGAUUGAUCAUGAGAUAGAUCAAGCGAUUUGUGACUUGUCCAAGUCAUUCGUGAUUUAUAAUCGAAACGUGCAAAUGCAAUCUGUACCUCAUAAACAGGUAGUAGUUAGUCACUCAACUCGUUCCACUCGCUUAUUAAUGAACGAACUUGAAGGUGAUUCGAUGUGA